AUGCGCGGCGCUACCAUUGCCCUGAACACAGCCCUAUGGGCAGCCGCCCACGCGGCAGACCAGUCCAUGUCCGACGCGAGCACCGCGAUAGCCAUGUCUCGCGAGUGGACCAUUGUCGAAAGCCACUGCUGGUCUGACACAGUAUACGGCAUCCGGGCCCUAGACCACCACGCCGAGAACUGGGACGCAAGCUGCGCCACCAUCGAGGACUGCCUGGUCGCCUGCGCGGCCGAGGGCUACUGCCUCGCCGGCCUCGAGUACGGCCGCGAGUGCUGGUGCGGAAACGUCGUCCACGGCAAGGCCCGCCCUGUGCCAAACGGGUAUUGCAACCAUCCUUGCUCGGGCGACUACGGCCAGACCUGUGGUGGGUUUGGGUAUAUGAACAUGUAUAUACAGAGGGGGCACAGGCUCGUCAUUGAUUCGGGGGAUUGCCACCACGGGCGUUGUGGCGGGCGUUCCCCAUGGGACUUGGUCGCUAGUUAGGG